AUGGCAGUCUCUCCUUUCGCUUUGGGCGUAAAUGCAUCCACCAACCGGCACUCCAUUUCUCCCACCUUUGAUCACCUGAAAAAGUCCAUUUCCCCAGCUCUAAAGCCUAUUUGGAAGGAGUUGCUGCGACAACUACCAUUGAAGAAGAUCGACGUAUCCAACACAGUCAAGAAAGCUUCAGGGGUUGUGUUGGAUGUCUUGGUGGAUGGCUUGUACCGGUUUGUGGAUCAACCUUAUCCGCCAUCUCAGAAGAACUUUGCACCGGUUCAAGAAAUUGGAGAAGCUGUUGAAGUUGCUUGCUUGGAAGGGGAAUUACCAGCCGGUUUCCCUGAAGGAGUAUUCGUUAGAAAUGGUCCAAAUCCUCAAUUUGGAUGUCUACAAGCCGCAGUGUCGCCACUAGGACUAACGAAUGAAACAUGGGUUGAAGGAGAAGGAAUGCUUCAUGCAUUGUUCUUCAAAAAGGCUGGUGAUUCAGAUUGGAGCAUCUCCUACAAGAACAGGUACGUCGAGUCUGAGACAUUCAAGCUUGAGAAGCAAAGAAACAAACCCUCCUUCAUCCCUGCCAUUGAAGGAGAUCCACUAGCUGUCAUAGCUGCGUUCUCUCUGAAUAAGAUUAGACUCAACGCUGAUAACAAGUUCUUGUGCAACACAAGUGUGUUCGAGUACUUGGGGAAGCUAUAUGCCAUAUCGGAAAACUACUUGCCUCACGAGAUCAAUUCACAGACCCUAGAAACGCUCGGUGUUUGGGACUUCAAUGGAGAUUGGGAUCGAGCUUGCACUAGCCACCCAAAGAGAGCUCCGGGGAGUGGCGAACUUGUGAUAAUGGGGAUUGAUAUCAAGAAACCUUUCCUUGUGGUAGGAGUGGUGUCUGCUGAUGGAAAGGAGCUUCGUCACAAGGUUGAUGUCGAAUUGGACAAAGGUGUCUUCAGCCACGAGAUCGGGGUCACACAAAGGUACAAUAUCAUAGUGGAUCAAUCUCUUUCAGUGGACAUAUCAAGACUCGCCAAGGGAGGCCAAUUGUUGAAGUACGACAAAGAGAAAAAAUCGAGGUUCGGAGUAAUGCCACGAUACGGGGAUGCCGGUUCUGUCCGGUGGUUCGAAGUAGAAACGUGCAGCACAUUUCAUAUCCUCAACACAUGUGAGGAUGGAGAUGAGGAGGGAGAGAAUGAACAGGCAGUAAAGGUUGAAUAUCACAAGUUUGGAGAGAGUAACUAUUGUAGCGGAAGUGUGUUCGUCGCUAAAGAUGGUAGUGUCGAAGGAGAUGGUGAAGACGGUGGUUGGAUCGCGACUUUUGUUCACAAUGAAGUGUCCGAUGAGACUCAAGUUCACAUAAUCGAUGUGAAGGAUUUCGAAGGGGAACCGGUGGCGAAGAUAAGGUUGCCACAGAGAGUGCCAUAUGGAUUUCAUGGCACUUUUAUGGCCACGCCUAAGAAACAGUAAUCACCUCCCAACUUACGUCUGCCAUCAAGUUUCUAUAGGGGCUUAAUAGGAAUUAGCAUGUCUAAUUUCUAU